AUGCACUUUCAGGGAGGCGGAAGCUCAUCCGCUGCGAGACGAGCAGCUCCGGAGGGACCUCAGUACAAGACCCUGGAGAAGGAAGAAGUGAAUUCCCAAGAUAAGGCUGAAGCUCCGGCUAAUGAUUCCAUAACCUUUCCGGCCAACUUCGGGGACCCAACAAAUCUGUACUCCACUCCGAAGGCUUAUUCACAUAAGUUCUUCCACAAGCUAACGGAGGCGGAGAAAUGGGAACUGGAGCAGGACCUGCUGAGCUCCAUGAUGAGCAAUGCCUGGGGUAAGGCUGAUGCUGAGUCUUCCGAGAUUCAGCUCCACAAGAAGGAAAUCACCGACUUCUUAGACCAUCUCCUCAUGAAGCACAAGGAGCAACAGACACUGCACUAUGAACUGAACAAGAACAUCUCUCUGCAACGCCGUGUCAUCUUGAGCCAGGCGGAAGAUAUCCAGAUGGGCAAGGAAAGAAUUGCAGAAUUGGAAAAGCAACUGGCGGAAGCCCAAGGUGCAUCUUCCUCCCUCGCCACUGCAUCCUCCGAGCUUGAGAGCCUGCGCUACGCGUAUCAAGAUCUUGAAACCAAACUCGCGGAGGCGGACAAGAAGCGGGAGCGCGCAGAAAAGCAUCUGGCGGAGAAGAAAACUGAGCUCCUCCAGAAAGAGGCGGAUUUUGCGAUGAAGCGCAAGGUUGACAGCGACACACUACAAAAGCUUCAGAAUGAGGUCCAUGGGCUCUGGAACUACAUGACUACUGCGGAGCAAUGCUGGGACCUUCUCAACGCCGAUGUCAUGGAGCCUCUUGGUUAUGAAGAAGACCGGCGCAACCAGUUCCCUCGUGAAGAUCUGAUCCGGCUUGUAAAGAUCUGA